GAGGCGCCAGGCACGCACAAAGUCGGUGGAGCAUCUUCAUUAUUACCAACGUAAAUCGUAUCGCGUCAUCUAGACACAAACGUAAAACGGGAGAAUGUCGGAUGUAGACUCUGAAUUUGAGGAUGAACAAAGUAAACUCGGGGAAUAUGAAGGGGACAGAAACCAAGCCGGAGAGAGGCACGGAUUCGGCAAAGCGGUUCUGCCCAACGGAGACAUUUACCACGGACAGUAUCAGAACGGCAAAAGACACGGACACGGGACAUAUCGCUUCAAGAAUGGGGCAAAGUUUGUGGGAGAUUAUUACCAGGGUGUGAAACAAGGACAGGGUACUUUCUACUAUCCAGAUGGCUCUAAAUAUGAAGGCUCGUGGGUGGAGGACCUAAGACAUGGGCAUGGUGUCUACACUUACCCCAAUGGAGACAUUUAUGAUGGGGAAUGGCUGCGCCAUAUGAGGCAUGGUCAGGGCAUUUACCAUUACCACGAAUGUGGCUCAAAAUUCAACGGCACAUGGGUCAAUGGCAAGAUGGAGGCAGCUGGAGAAUUAAUCUACAGUAACCAUAGAUACAAGGGUAACUUUACUAACAAUAAGCCCUAUGGACCAGGAAAGUAUGUGUUUGACAUUGGCUGUGAGCAGCAUGGCGAAUAUGAAGCGGCAAAGCAGGAUCAAGCGGAGGGUGAAAUGGACGAGUUGAAUGCACUCCCAAAGUGGAUUCCCAAAUGUACUACUAGUGUGACACAGUGAACUUUGGCAAGAGGCGUAGCUAAGAUUUACAGAAAAACAAGUCAAAGCUCACACAGCAAAAUUUUGUCAAUAUAAAUUUUUUUUUAAGCUACUAUUCUCUUUUUCCUCCUUCAAUAUGAUUUUAAGGUCAUAUUGUAAGUUUAAGUUCAUUGUUAACUUAAACUAACAGUUAAGUUGUAUGAUUUUAUUUUGUCUAGAUGCAAUCUAUAUUUUGGAGGUGACCAAAUACAUUCUGAAAGUAAGAUGCAGGAAAAAAUAUGCACUCAAGUCAGUGUUGUGUCUGUCUUCUGUUUCGUCUGUUCGGGGCAAAAAUCAGUUUCUGCAGAAAAGAGAGUGGGAGACUGAACUGUGUGAUCAAUCCAUAAUACUGUAUCUAACCUGUUGUAUGGAUAUUAUUAAAUAUGUAAAUAGAAAUUCUAAGAA